AUGGCUUUAGUAGAUGAUAUUUCUAUAUUACUUGAAUAUUUGUCUAACUUACUAACCCAGCCUGGAAGUCAGAAAUUUUCACUGUUUUCUACUACUACACUAACUAAAAAUUCUCUUUCAUUAAGAAAAACACGCGUUUUUUACCUAACAUGUAUUGGAGCUAAAUGUUUUGAAUGUUAUGCCACCAAAAAUGAGAAUAUAGACCUAUU